AUGUGGCCCUUUUAUGGCUGUAAAACGGCCGAGUUCCAGCAACCGCAUCUGGCCCUCAUCUGUGCCAUCAUUCCAUGUGGUAUGUGGGCCACAAGCACAUUUGCACUGGAUCUGGUUCCACUUGAGAACCCUGUGCCCACAGGAGGAAAUCUCACCAUCACACUGAGUCCUGCAACUACCAUCCACUCCGGUAGCUGGCUGUAUAAUGGGUUGGUUAUAGUAUUCUGGUACCCAGGAAAUGCUUCAGUGGACACUGAUUAUGGCAACCGUGUAACAUACAACAGUGCCACCCACCAGCUCAAUCUAGGUCCAAUCGCAGUGAAUGAUUCUGGUGAAUACGUUCUGCAAGGCAUUACGCCAAAUUUAAAAGUAUCAGUGAACGUGACUGUAGUGGAGGUAAUCAAGCAAGUGACUCUGACAGCAAGUAAGACAGCUCCAGUGGAGUUUACUGACAGUGUCACACUAAACUGCUCAGCCACUGGAGCAGUAUCAACAUAUACAUGGUACAACGGCAGCUCUGUGAUAGCUAACGGAAGCACAGUCCAGAUAACUAACAACGGAAGUCUUCUCACCAUCACUAAUGUAACGAGAUAUGACACUGGUCCUUUUAAGUGUAUGGCAGCAAACAGUGUCAGCAGUGGAACCAGUCCAACAGUGACUCUCAAUGUCAGCUAUGGUCCCAGCAAUGUGGGCAUAACAGCCUCACCAGACCAGACAACAUAUUCUACAAAAUCAAACAUCACUCUGACAUGUACUGCUACUUCCAACCCAGCAGCAACUUACAGCUGGUCUCUCAACGGCACUACACUCAAUAAAAACACACCAACUUUGGUGCUUAAUAAUGUGACAUUGACUAAUGCAGGCACUUACAGCUGCACUGCCAAGAACACAGCAACUCUCAAAUCUGUCACAAUCAGCAAAAACAUCAGCAUCAUUGAUAACCCCUGGAAUGUAACAAUUUCUGGUCCAAGCGUUGUAGCAGUAAAGUCUUCAGUGACUCUCAACUGUACUGCCUCCUCUCAACCGAACUCUACAUACAACUGGCUCUUUAAUGGCAUCAAGCAGGCAGAUGGUCCUGUUUAUCAGAUCGCAUCAAUUUCAACAAACCAAAGUGGUGAAUACAACUGCACAGUGACAAAUAAUGUCACAGGUGUCAGCAGCAGUGCUAAAUGGAACCUGACAGUCCUUGAACCAAUAACGGCUGUUUCAGUGGUGCCUGGUAACACACAACCCAUAUACAACACAAGCUUCAGCCUGAUCUGUAACAUAAACGGACCUGUAAACACAGUAUACUGGAUCAAGAACGGUGUAGAUCAGAUUAAUACCAGCAUAAUCUCUAUCACCAACCAAAACAGAAACCUCACACUCAGUCAGCUUGUUUUGUCUGAUAAUGGGCUGUACCAGUGUGGAGCCAGCAAUGGACUGGGCAAAAUGACCAGUGAGGCCUACAACCUAAUAGUGAACUAUGGCCGAUGGAAUGUAACCAUCUCUGGCCCAAUUGCUGUGGUAUCAAAGUCUUCAGUGACCCUUACCUGCACAGCUGCAUCUCAACCUCCUAGUAACAUCAGCUGGUGGUUCAGUGGUGUCAAGCUUGUGGAUGGUCCUGUGUAUCAGUCUGCAUCUGUUUCAUUAAACAACAGUGGACAAUACACCUGCAAGGCAGACAAUAAUGUGACAACCAGUAGCAGCAAUGCUACAUGGAACUUACUUGUUGUUGAUGACUCUUGGAAUGUGACAAUUUCUGGUCCAAGCAUUGUAGCAGUAAAGUCUUCAGUGACUCUCAACUGUACUGCCUCCUCUCAACCGAACUCUACGUACAACUGGCUCUUUAAUGGCAUCAAGCAGGCAGAUGGUCCUGUUUAUCAGAUCGCCUCAAUUUCAACAAACCAAAGUGGUGAAUACACCUGCACAGCGACAAAUGUCACAGGUGUCAGCAGCAGUGCUAAAUGGAACCUGACUGUCCUUGAUGACUCUUGGAAUGUGACAAUUUCUGGUCCAGGCGUUGUAGCAGUAAAGUCUUCAGUGUCUCUCAACUGUACUGCCUCCUCUCAACCGAACUCUACGUACAACUGGCUAUUUAAUGGCAUCAAGCAGGCAGAUGGUCCUGUUUAUCAGAUCGUAUCAAUCUCAACAAACCAAAGUGGUGAAUACACCUGCACAGUGACAAAUAAUGUCACAAGUGUCAGCAGCAGUGCUAAAUGGAACCUGACUGUCCUUGAACCAAUAACGGCUGUUUCAGUGGUGCCUGGUAACACACAACCCAUAUACAACACAAGCUUCAGCCUGAUCUGUAACAUAAACGGACCUGUAAACACAGUAUACUGGAUCAAGAACGGUGUAGAUCAGACUAAUACCAGCAUAAUCUCUAUCACCAACCAAAACAGAAACCUCACACUCAGUCAGCUUGUUUUGUCUGAUAAUGGGCUGUACCAGUGUGGAGCCAGCAAUGGACUGGGCAAAAUGACCAGUGAGGCCUACAACCUAAUAGUGAACUAUGGCCCAUGGAAUGUAACCAUCUCUGGCCCAACUGCUGUGGUAUCAAAGUCUUCAGUUACCCUUACCUGCACAGCUGCAUCUCAACCUCCUAGUAACAUCAGCUGGUGGUUCAAUGGUGUCAAGCUGGUGGAUGGUCCUGUGUAUCAGUCUGCAUCUGUUUCAUUAAACAACAGUGGGCAAUACACCUGCAAGGCAGACAAUAACGUGACAAUCAGUAGCAGCAGUGCUACAUGGAACUUACUUGUUGUUGAUGACUUUUGGAAUGUGACAAUUUCUGGUCCAAGCGUUGUAGCAGUAAAGUCUUCAGUGACUCUCAACUGUACUGCCUCCUCUCAACCGAACUCUACGUACAACUGGCUCUUUAAUGGCAUCAAGCAGGCAGAUGGUCCUGUUUAUCAGAUCGCAUCAAUUUCAACAAACCAAAGUGGUGAAUACACCUGCACAGCGACAAAUGUCACAGGUGUCAGCAGCAGUGCUAAAUGGAACCUGACUGUCCUUGAACCAAUAACGGCUGUUUCAGUGGUGCCUGGUAACACACAGAACAUGAACAGCACAAGCUUCAGCCUGAUCUGUAACAUUACCGGAACCGCCAACACAGUAUACUGGAUCAAGAACUGUGUAAAUCAGACUAAUACCAGUAGAAUCUCUAUCACCAACCAAAACAGGAACCUCACAAUCACUCAGCUUGUUUUGUCUGAUAAUGGGCUGUACCAGUGUGGAGCCAGCAAUGGACUGGGCAAAAAGACCAGCGAGCCCUUCAACCUGAACUAUGGUUCAUUAAACCUGACAAUCUCUGGUCCAUACAUUAUAUUAGCAAAGUCUUCAGUGACCCUCAAUUGCACUGCAUCAUCUCAACCUGCCAGUAGCUACACCUGGUUGUUUAAUGGCUCUGUAGUGGCGAAUACUUCUUCGUAUAAGAUUCCAUCGAUUGCAGCAAAUCAAGGUGGAGAAUACACUUGCCAAGCACAAAACUCUGUAACUGGCCUCACCGGAACUGUUAAAUGGAAUCUAAUUGUCAUUGGAAGCCCUCCUGUUCAUACCAGUGUGUUCCUGGUGGUUCUCUGUUCCCUCAUCCUGCCGGUCUUCAACCUGUUGCUGUGA